CUUGCUUCCUAAUGGACACGUGGAGCAUAUUAAAUUCUUUCGGGCGCUGAUUUUUAACAGUUUAACUUUCCUUCCCCCCGCUGUUAACCGUCAGCUUCCUCCGAUAAAAGGAUCAUGGACAACAGUCUACGUCGUUUGAAGCAAGAAUUGCAAUCUAUGAAGGAGGCUGGAGAUGGACUCCAGGAUCAGAUGAACUGUAUGAUGGGCGCCCUCCAGGAGUUGAAACUCCUCCAAGUGCAGACAGCUUUGGAACAGCUGGAGAUUUCAGGACUGCGAAGCCAACCUCCAUCCAUCAUUCCCCGCCAGCCACGGCCGAGAAAUGGGAAAGAGGAAUCCAAGAUCAGGCAGUGCUGGCAGGGCACCAGGCUGGAGGGGAAAUCCGGCAACCCCGGUGCCAGUGGUGCCCCCCCUGCGUCAAGUAAUGUGUCCUUACCUGGGCUGGCUGGCAAACCUGUGAGCGGCUGGUCAGGGGUUAAUCUGAAGGAGGCUCCCUCUCAAGAGGUGCAGACAUCAGCGACAUCAUCCGUGGCUUUUGGCCGUCUCAAGGAUGGACCGGCAUCGCCCAGUGUGGACCUUGGCCAACGAGAGGUUGCACCAACAGAGGUCCACCGGCUUUCUGUGGCCAGCAAGCCAGUUGGGACGUCCCAAGCCAGCGAGGGCUCCAAUGACUGGACCUCCUCUCUGCUCUCCCAGAGCAGGAACAGGCAGCCCCUCAUUCUGGGGGACAACAUCUUCGCAGACUUGGUGGGCAACUGGUUGGACUUGCCGGAGCUGGAGAAGAUGUCGCAGGCUGCCCCGGUGGAGGGGAGGGGUCGACGUGACCACGUCCCUGUUCUCAGCAAGUCUCAAGAAUUCCAGAAGAAGUUAACCCUCACUGCCAAUAUCUUCAAGAAGUUGUUGAGGAGCGUGCGGCCAGACAAGGGCAAACGAGCCCAGGCACCAGCCGGUACCCCAUCAGAAGCCCUCGCCAAGCGGUCAAGCAAGGCAUCCAAGCAGAAGGUGACUUUUUACUUUGCACUGCGAGGCAAUGGCACUCCAAGCAGUCGUCCCCUGGAUGGGGCAGGGAGUGGGACCACUGCACCAGAGGAACACAAUUACCGUUCCAACACUUGCACCAGGAAGCUGGCCCAGCCCCUGACGGGCAAACACGCUCAGUUUGACUACAACACAGUGGUCUGGGUCUGAAUUCAAUUCUUGGCAACAAAAAUUAACAAAUUUGCACUUAAUUUCUUUGCCACAUUUCACAGCUCCCUUCCCCCAACUGUUUACAGUAUGUUUUUAUCAAAGUGUUUUCUUUUGGUAUGGUUGAGUGUCCAGAUUGAAUUGUAUUAAGACUAUUUAAUGGGUUAUUGGCAGAUGAAGUGUGUUCAGACUUUAUACUUGCCACAUUUGUUGAAGUUUUGUACCUGCACUGUGACAUCUCAUCUAGUAACUCUGCUGUAAGGUUAGCAGAACUCACGUGGCCCAUGUUCCACCACUUCAACCACUGGGGUAUUUGGUACAAGAUCCAGCUGUAUGAUGCGACGGGUCCUUUCUGUUCUUCCAAGUCAGAUGACCAUUUACUAUUAACAGCAGACAGAUCCACAUGAGACCCCAGGGUUUGUGAGUGUCCCAUGUUCUGAUCCUGUCCCACAGAUGGAACCAUCCGAUGGAGUGACCCUGAGCCCAGCAGCAUUGGGACUGAUUGGAGACCCUCCCUAAUGUCCCAUCCCAGGGCUGCUGAAUCCAGAGCAGAGAUGGGACCUGAAAUCCCUAUGGUCCCAAUGAUUUAAUAACCCAGUAACACAUGGAACCUUAGACUGCCACUCUUUGUUUGCAGCAAGGUUUUCCUCUUGCUUAACCUACCAGUUCCCAAUUGACAGCUUAGGCCCACAUCUGCAUAGCAAAAUGAGAGGACACAUUCUCAAUGUCACAGUGGUGGUAUGACUAUUUCAUCCGAUGAGUGUGAGUAUUGUGUAGCUUGUGAAUGAGUGAGACAAAGCAUCAGAUUUUUGCUUUUACUUAGAAUUGAUUUGACUGUUUAUAUUUGGAUGUAGUGUAAUGUGAGAUGUUACAUCAGAUAAUAUCUGGGCCUGUACAGACCUUUGGUUGAGCGUGUUCUCCACAGAGACACAGAGCUAGAAGAUCUAA